UAUUUUCUGCCUCGAGAGCGCCAUUUUGCAGCUUUCACGGCAACAUGCGCGCUCUGUCAGCUCGAAACAUCGUCGUUUUGUUACCCCGAUGGCUCCACCGUCCUCACUUCCCUCCUUCUUCUCCUGCACCGCCAUGCACCUCAUUCCUCCCCUCGAGAACGCUUAUAACAAAUAGACAUCUGGAGAAAGUGUCAGGUUUUAAAGAUAGGAAGGUCCUCAGGGGUAGCACUAAAGCAACUAAGAAGCAGAGAGUACCAAACAAUGUUUUAGAUGAUAAAGAUCUUUCUCACAUAUUGUGGUGGAAGGAGAGAAUGGAUGUGUGCAAAAAGCCUUCAACUCUUCAGUUGCUGAAAAGGCUCGAAUAUUCCAACCUGUUGGGCUUGGACUGUAACUUGAGAAAUGGAAGUCUCAAGGAAGGAACACUCAACUGGGAAAUGUUGCAGUUCAAGUCAAGAUUUCCACGAGAAGUUUUGCUUUGCAGAGUUGGUGACUUUUAUGAAGCACUUGGAAUAGAUGCUUGUAUUCUUGUUGAAUACGCGGGUUUAAACCCCUUCGGUGGUCUGCGAUCGGAUAGUAUUCCUAAGGCUGGUUGCCCAGUUGUGAAUCUUCGACAGACCUUAGAUGAUUUGACAAAUAAUGGUUUUUCAGUGUGCAUUGUGGAGGAAGUUCAGGGUCCAACUCAAGCUCGAUCUAGGAAAGGUCGAUUCAUAUCUGGACAUGCUCAUCCUGGAAAUCCAUAUGUAUAUGGACUUGUUGGGGUUGAUCAUGACCUGGACUUCCCAGAACCAAUGCCUGUAAUAGGAAUAUCACGUUCUGCAAGGGGCUAUUGCAUGAUUUUAGUCCUUGAAACCAUGAAGACAUACUCUAUAGAAGAUGGUUUGACAGAGGAAGCAGUAGUGACAAAACUUCGUACUAGUCGAUACCAUCACUUAUUCCUUCACGUGUCUUUAAGACAGAACUCUUCUGGAACCUUCCGUUGGGGAGAAUUUGGUGAGGGAGGGCUUUUAUGGGGGGAAUGCAGAUCCAGACAUGUUGAAUGGUUUGAUGGAAAUGCUAUAUCUGAAAUUUUGUCUAAGGUGAAGGAGCUUUAUGAUCUUGACAAUGAGGUCAUAUUUAGGAACAAGACUGUUCAUUCAGAAAACCGGCCACAAUCUUUAACUCUAGGAACAGCAACACAAAUUGGAGCCAUACCAACUGAAGGAAUACCUUCUUUGUUGAAAGUGAUACUUCCACCAAAUUGCACUGGGUUGCCUGUAUUGUAUAUAAGAGAUCUUCUUUUGAAUCCUCCCUCGUAUGAGAUUGGCUCCACGAUUCAAGCAAUAUGCAAACUUAUGAGCAGUGUAUCAUGCUCAAUUCCUGAAUUCACCUGUGUUUCAUCAGCAAAGCUGGUAAAACUACUUGAAUUGCGGGAGACCAACCAUAUUGAAUUUUGUAGAAUCAAGAAUAUUCUUGACGAAAUUUUGCAGAUGCACAGAGCCUCUGAACUUAAUGAAAUAUUGAGACUUUUAAUUGAUCCCACGUGGGUGGCAACUGGUUUAAAAUUGGACUUUGAGACCUUGGUUGAUGGAUGUGAAUUAGCAUCGGGUAAGAUUUGUGAAAUAAUUUUUCUGGAUGGUGAGAGUGAUCAGAAAUUCAGUUCAUUUCGUGGCUUUCCAAAUGAAUUCUUUGAGGAUAUGGAGUCUUCGUGGAAAGGUCGAGUAAAAAGAAUCCAUAUUGAUGAUGUAUUUACUGAAGUGGAAAGAGCAGCUGAGGCCUUAUAUUUAGCAGUUACUGAAGAUUUUGGUCCUAUUGUUUCUAGAAUAAAAGCUAUGUCAGCUUCACUUGGAGGCCCUAAGGGAGAAAUAUUAUAUGCUCGUGAGCAUGAAGCAAUUUGGUUUAAGGGCAAACGCUUCACUCCAACUGUUUGGGCUGGUAGCCCUGGGGAGGAACAAAUCAAACAGCUUAAACCUGCUUUUGAUUCUAAGGGUAAAAGGGUAGGUGAUGAAUGGUAUACCACAAUGAAGGUGGAAGAUGCCUUAACAAGGUAUCAUGAAGCAAGUUCCAAAGCCAAAGCAAGAGUUCUGGAAGUUUUAAGGGAACUUUCUACAGAGUUACAAUCAAAUAUAAACAUCAUUGUCUUUUCUUCCAUGUUGCUUGUCAUAGCGAAAGCAUUAUUUUCUCAUGUGAGUGAAGGGAGAAGAAGGAAAUGGACAUUUCCAACACUAGCAGUGUCCCAUAGUUUUAAGGAUGUGAAACCAUUGGAGGGAUACGAAGGGAUGAAGAUAGUUGGUUUAGUACCUUACUGGUUGAACAUAGCACAAGGAAGUGCCGUGCAGAAUACCGUUGAUAUGAAAUCAUUGUUUCUGUUGACAGGACCAAAUGGGGGUGGUAAAUCAAGUAUUCUUCGCUCAGUUUGUGCUGCUGCAUUACUUGGGAUAUGUGGUCUUAUGGUUCCAGCUGAAUCAGCCCUGAUUCCUUAUUUUGAUUCUAUCAUGCUUCAUAUGAAAUCUUAUGAUAGCCCAGCUGAUGAAAAAAGUUCAUUCCAGGUAGAAAUGUCAGAGCUUCGAACAAUCAUCACCGGAACUACUAAAAGAAGCCUUGUGCUUAUUGACGAAAUUUGCCGAGGAACAGAAAUUGCAAAAGGCACUUGUAUUGCAGGCAGCGUCAUUGAAUCUCUUGAUCAAAUUGGUUGUCUGGGUAUUGUAUCUACUCACUUGCAUGGAAUACUUAAUCUGCCACUCAACCUCAAGGAUACUGUCCAAAAAGCGAUGGGGACGGUAUGCAUUGAUGGACAAACAAAGCCAACGUGGAAGCUGACAGAUGGAAUAUGCAAAGAAAGUCUUGCAUUUGAAACGGCCAAGAGGGAAGGGAUUCCUGAGAUUAUUAUUCAAAGAGCACAAGAUCUUUAUCUGUCAGUUUAUGCAAAGGACCGACUUUCUGGAGAGAAUUUCCCAAAGCUGGAACAAUAUUCUUCUUCCAUGAAAAAUAAUAAUUUUGAUCAAGAACAAUUUGAUUCAAGACGAAAUUCUCCUGAGGAAAUAUCGAUAGCUAAUCAAGUGGAAGUUUUACAGCAGGAGGUUGAGAAUGCUGUCACUGUAAUAUGCCAGGAGAAGAUGAUGGAGCUCCGAAGAAAGAAGAUCUCAUCAGAGUUGAUGGAGAUAAAAUGUGUCCUAAUUAAUGCAAGAGAGAAACCACCUCCAUCGACAGUAGGUUCUUCGAGUGUCUAUGUGAUGUUCAGACCAGAUAACAAAAUCUAUGUAGGACAGACGGAUGAUCUUGAGGGCCGAGUUUCCACGCAUCGAUCAAAAGAAGGAAUGCAGAAUGCAUUGUUCCUUUAUUUUCUUGUCCAAGGAAAGAGCUUGGCAUGCCAGUUUGAAACUCUACUCAUCAACCAGCUUCCUAGUCAUGGCUUUCAGGUAGCCAAUGUGGCCGAUGGCAAGCAUCGGAAUUUUGGCACAUCCAACCUUUACAUAGAAUGUGCUACCAGUUCUUGAUAAAGGACAAAAUUCAAAAAUCCCCACUGCUGAGUUUUUGUUAGAGGUGGGAAACUAUAAUGAUGUGUAUAUUAUGUAAGGGGAUUUAAUUUGGUAUUUAUUGUUAUUGUUAGACUCUUACACUAUCAUCUAUUUAUCUGUUGUCACAUGAUUAAAGAAAUUUGACAAGAAUCACUUCCUGCUGUCAAACUCUUCAUGUGACAACAAAUAAUUGAAUGAUAGGGUAGAAGAGUUUUACAUUAACGGCAGAUCCAAAUUUAACAUAGUGAGGUUUAUAUCAAGUGAAUGAAAUUUAAUUUAGGAUGGGAUGGCUGUAGCGUUUUUGUUAGAUUUGGUUGCUGCUGCAGCAUUGAGUCCAUAGUUGCAAGUGGGUGGAAAUUUGUGAUAUAACCUUUGUUUUGUACAGCACUUUGUUGAUUAGUAAUUUAUCUGGGCAAUAUGAAAUAUAUUCUGUAAUCUGUCAUCGAAUCUGUUUCUUUAAAAUUAUAUCUCCAACCUACACUCUUCAAGUGCUGAACUAUGGUUGUUUUGUGUUUGUGUCAUAUAUAAAUAUAAUGAAGGAAGGGGCUUCAAAUUUA